ACACACACACACACACACACACACACAAGAUAUACAGGUUGGCUGGCUGUUACCACCACAAAACACAGUGAAAUGAAGCAGUGAAGAGGAGCGAGCUCCACUGGUUCCUCUAGCCUUUCCAGCACGGAGCAAACACAAGUCCUCAGAGGAUGAGUUUAAUCAGAUCAGCAGGUGUCUGAGAACAGGAGAACACUCUGAUCUAGAUCAUCUCAUGCUCAUCUGAUGCUCCAGCUCUGCUAAUCCGGAAUUAAGGAGUAAAGAUCAGCUCAGGACUAAAUCAGUCACACAGAGGAGUCAUUGGAAGCAGCAGAUCCUAAAAGAUGGCAAAUUUCAAAGGACAUGCGUUACCUGGAAGCUUCUUCUUGCUGUUUGGCUUGUGGUGGUCUGUGAAAUACCCCCUUCGACACACCUUGCAGAAGAGACAGAAUGGCAGGAAGCAGAAUGUCCCUCUAUUCUUCAAAAAGUUGGAUCUUAUUGAGGGAGUUUUGAAAACCUUCUUCGCAUUUGUUGGCAUCAUGGCAGAGCAGUUUGUGCCUGAUGGACCUCAUGGCCAUCUUUAUGACAAAGACUGGGUGAAGCUAAUGAACUGGCAGCAUAGCACCAUGUACCUCUUCUAUGGCAUCUCUGGCAUUGCCGACAUUCUCAGCUCAGCCCCACUUCCCACCCCGGCUGGGCUGGACCGCCUCGCCCUCUCGAUUGCUCUCUUUGUUGAAGGGUUCCUGUUCUAUUUCCACCUGCACAACCGGCCUCCGCUGGACCAGCACAUUCACUCCCUGCUGCUGGUGGCAGUGUUUGGAGGAGCAGCGAGCACACUGCUGGAGGUGUUCAUGAAGAACAACACUCUACUCGAGCUCUUGAGGAGCAGUCUGGCCAUUCUGCAAGGCACAUGGUUCUACCAGAUUGGUUUCGUGUUGUACCCCCUUAAUGGAAAUCUGUGGGAACUGGACAACCAUGGCAACAUCAUGUUCAUUACUAUGUGCUAUUGUUGGCACUAUGCAGUGGCUUUGCUGAUUGUGGGCAUCAACUUCAGCUUGGUCUGGUGGGUUACAAGAAGGUGCGGAGGAAGGCAAGGGUCAGAGAUCGAGAUUGGCCUCAGAAAAACCAAUCACCAUGACUCCAGUUCCCAGAAGGCUCUACUCCAGGAAUCGGAAGAAGAAUAGACAGUUCUAUGAACUGACAUGAUAAAAUCUGCAAAUAUGGCCUUAUUAAACUAUUUGUAAAAAAAAAAAAAUCCUAAUAAUAAUAAUUGGUCUGUUGAUGCACAAAGAACAAAUGAAGCCUGGCUUUGUUUCUAUUUAAGCUGGUUCCUGACACUUGUAAAACAGGUGAGAUGAGUGCAAGCGAGCAUGGUGAGAGAUGAUAAUAGUGUUAACCGUGCGUGUGAAUAAAGCACUUUAUGUAAGGGGUGGAGACAUUCUUUGUUUCUGAGUAACUGGCGUGUCACGCUUGUUUCAGGUAUGUCUUGUUGUCAAGCAUCUUAAAACAGAGACUGUAAACCAGACCUGACCUGCAGCUCCUUUCAAAAGAUGAUGCAAACAAACCCCUGUAGCAAUGGAGACUUAACACAACCCUUCAGACCUGGACAGCAUCGCUGUCUGUCAGCGAAUGUCGCUGGGGAAGCACACAAUGGACUGUAUUGAGGGAAGCUGUACUCUACUCUGUAAAAUGUGCUUUUACACAGCGAAGAUUCAACUGCUUUGAUUUUGGAUUGUAAGUGAUUGUAUUGAAAUGCAUACCAUCAUUACUUCUGUACAUACUCUUGUGAAUAAAGCACAUUUUCUAAGUG